CAGCUUCGCUUCGGCCAUCACCCCGCCGGACCGCGCUGCGGGUUCGCCCAGCCGGAAGAAUUUACCGCGUGUCCGCACAGCUUUAAGAAAAAGGACUUUAAAAAGCCCAGAGUGUGUGGGGUGUGCAGACAGACCAUUGACGGUCAAGGGAUUGCUUGCCGAGCCUGCAAGUAUUCCUGCCACAAGAAAUGUGAAGCCCAGGUAGCGACUCCUUGCUCUGCGCAAGUCCAUCUGGACCAGGCUCCUGAGAGUUCCACAACAUCUGCUGUUCUCCGUUGUGACAAGCCUUCAAGGCCUGUGGUCCUGAGUCCAGCCAUGGAGGACAGCCACGAACUGGACCUUACAUAUGUCACCGAGCGUAUCAUUGCUGUGUCCUUCCCUGCCAGUUGUUCCGAGGAGUCCUACUUGCACAGCCUGCAAGAAGUCACCCGCAUGCUCAAGUCUAAACAUGGAGACAACUAUCUGGUAUUAAACCUUUCAGAGAAGAGAUAUGACCUUACAAAGCUUAAUCCAAAGAUCAUGGAUGUGGGCUGGCCCGAGCUGCAUGCACCACCUCUUGACAAGAUGUGCACCAUAUGUAAAGCCCAGGAGUCCUGGCUGAACAGCGACCCUCAGCAUGUGGUCGUCAUCCACUGCAGGGGCGGUAAAGGACGCAUUGGAGUGGUCAUAUCGUCCUACAUGCACUUCACCAACGUCUCGGCCAGUGCUGACCAGGCACUGGACAGGUUUGCGAUGAAGAAGUUUUAUGAUGACAAAGUUUCAGCUUUAAUGGAGCCCUCCCAGAAGCGGUAUGUGCAGUUUCUCAGUGGGCUACUGUCCGGAGCCAUGAAGAUGAACACCUCACCCCUGUUCCUGCACUUCGUCAUCCUGCACGGAGCCCCCAGCUUUGACACUGGAGGAGCUUGCCGGCCCUUUCUGAAGCUCUACCAAGCCAUGCAGCCUGUGUACACAUCUGGGAUCUACAACUUCGGCCCUGAAAACCCCAGCAGGAUCCGAAUUGCCAUAGAGCCAGCCCAGCUGCUGAAGGGCGACAUCAUGGUGAAAUGCUAUCACAAGAAGUUCCGCUCGGCCACCCGAGAUGUCAUUUUCCGCCUGCAGUUCCACACGGGAGCUGUGCAGGGCUACGGGCUCCUGUUCGGGAAGGAAGAGCUGGAUAGCGCCUGCAAAGAUGACCGCUUUCCUGACUAUGGCAAGAUUGAAUUGGUCUUCUCGGCCACACCUGAGAAGAUUCAAGGAUCAGAGCAUCUGUACAGUGACCAGGGAGUGACCGUGGACUAUAACACAGCAGACCCCCUGAUUCGAUGGGACUCUUACGAGAACAUGAGUGCUGAUGGAGAAGUGCUACACACACAGGGCCCAGUGGAUGGCAGCCUGUAUGCCAAGGUGAGGAAGAAGAGUGCCUCAGAUUCUGGCAUCCCUAGUAGCCCUCAGGGCAUGCCAGCCACUAGCAGUCCAGACCACAGCGACCAUACCCUAUCAGUCAGCAGUGACUCGGGUCAUUCGACUGCCUCAGCCAGGACUGAUAAGACAGAAGAGCGCCCGACCCCGGGAGCACGGAGAGGCCUGAGCCCUCAGGAGAAGGCUGAGUUGGACCAACUGCUCAGUGGAUUUGGCCUGGAAGACUCUGCAGGCUCCCACAAAGACAUGACUGAUAUGCGCAGCAAGUAUAGCGGGACACGCCACGUGGUGCCAGCCCAGGUUCAUGUGAAUGGAGACGCUGCCCUAAAGGACCGGGAGACUGACAUUCUAGAUGACGAGAUGCCCCACCAUGACCUGCACAGUGUGGACAGCCUGGGUACUCUCUCUUCCUCUGAAGGGCCUCAGUCAACCCACCUGGGCCCUUUCACCUGCCUCAAGAGCAGCCAGAACUCCCUCCUCUCUGAUGGCUUUGGCACUGGUGUUGCUGAAGAUCAUAACGGCGUCCUUUCUCCAGACCUGGGCCUUGGCGUAGACUCCCUUUAUGAGCGGGAGCGGAUGUGCGGGGGCAGAGAGCAAAAGCAGCUGCAGCCCCUGUUGAGGAAGCCCUCUGCACCGUCCCCAGCGCAGGCCUAUGGGCAAAGUAACUAUUCCACCCAGACUUGGGUACGUCAGCAGCAGAUGGUGGCUGCUCACCAGUACAGCUUUGCCUCAGAUGGGGAGGCCAGGCUUGGCAGCCGCAGUACAGUGGACAGUGCUGGCCUUGCCCAGCCCCAACCCCACAUCCCAGUUACUCCCACCCGUGGAACCAGCAGCAGAGUAGCUGUUCAGAGAGGCAUCACCAAUGGGCCAAAUCCCUCUGACACACAGCAGCUUUGUCCUGGUAAAGCACUCCAGCCCAGAUUUCAAGACGGCAGAGUCGUGAAUGGAGGACAUCAGGAACUGAACACUGGCCCCUCCCCAGGCUCGCCUACUCUGGAUAUUGACCAGUCCAUUGAGCAACUUAACAGGCUGAUCUUGGAGCUGGACCCCACCUUUGAGCCCAUCCCCACACACCUGAAUGCCCUUGGCAUCUCAGCCAAUGGCUCUGUGUGUCCUGAUGGAGGGGGACAUGGACUCCGGUGUGGUGGCAGACUGGACCCUGUGGAUGGCCCUGGCCGGAGUCCUGGCCGACAAGGUGAUGACCCCGUCGGGGGACGGCUUCGAAAGCUAAGCAUUGGGCAGUACGACAAUGAUGCCGGGAGCCAGGCGACUUUCUCUAAGUGUGGAUGGGGAAAAGCUGGAGCAGACCCAGCCCCAAGCCUGGGAUCAUUUUCCUCUCCUGCAGACAUCAAAGAGACGGUGAUCACUGCAUAUCCCCCUGACCUCGAUGUGAUUGAUGGCAGGAUUCCAAACAGCAAGGAGUCAUCUAUGUGUCUGACCCCAGCAUUCCCUGUGUCUCCAGAAACACCAUAUGUGAAAACAUCGCCACGAUACCCUCCAUUCAGCCCACCUGAGUCCCAGCUGAGCAGCCCAGCCAGUCUGCACAAGGGACGAGAACCACGAGGCUGCCCAGAGAUUAUCAGCCACACUGUGGUGAUGUCAGAGAGCCCCAUUGGACCCAAACCCACCAUGCUUCGGGCUGAUAUGCCUACAACACCCAACUUUCAGCAGGUGUUUGCAUCAUCCUGCACAGUUUCAAGCAACGGCCCCGGCCAAAGGAGAGAGAGCCCACCUUCUGCAGAACGCCAGUGGGUAGAGAGCAGCCCGAAGUCCACCCUCACCCUUCUGGGGAACAGUCACCCUGCUGAAAGUCCCCUCAGCACCCAUGAGUUCUGUAGCUCUGGUAAGGACUCACCAGGGCUGCCCUGCUUCCAGUCCUCAGAGCUCCAGGCCUCUUUCCACAGCCAUGAGCUGUCCAUGUCGGAGCCUCAGGAUGUUCUGCCUCCUACAGGCAACCAAACCUUCUUAGGUUUCAACACAGUAACCACAGUAUCAAGUGGCCUUCCACCUGGUGAGGAUGCUGGCACCUUGCUGGUCAAUUCCCACGGUACCUCACCAGCUCCCGGAACCCCUCUGCCGACGACAGGGGCUGCUGACAACGGCUUCCUGUCCCACAAUUUUCUCACGGUAUCACCUGGAGCCAGCAGCCGUCACAGUCCAGGCCUGCAGAACCAGAGUGUAAGCCUACCUGGGCAGCCACCCCUCCCAGAGAAGAAGAGAGCCUCAGAGGGUGAUCGUUCUUUGGGCUCAGUCUCCCCUUCAUCCAGUGGCUUCUCCAGCCCCCACAGUGGGAGCACCAUGAGUAUCCCCUUCCCAAAUGUCCUUCCAGACUUCUGCAAGCCUUCAGAAGUAGCCUCACCUUUGCCAGAUAGCCCAAAUGAUAAACUGGUGAUUGUGAAAUUUGUUCAAGACACUUCGAAGUUCUGGUACAAGGCAGACAUCUCAAGAGAACAAGCCAUUGCCAUGUUGAAGGACAAAGCUCCUGGGUCAUUCAUCGUGAGGGACAGUCACUCGUUCCGAGGGGCCUAUGGCCUGGCCAUGAAGGUGGCCACACCUCCUCCAUCUGUCUUGCACCUGAACAAGAAAGCUGGAGAUUUGUCCAAUGAACUUGUCCGACAUUUCCUGAUUGAGUGUACCCCCAAGGGAGUGCGGUUGAAAGGGUGCUCGAACGAACCGUAUUUUGGGAGUCUGACGGCUUUGGUGUGCCAGCAUUCCAUCACGCCCUUGGCUUUGCCCUGCAAGCUGCUCAUUCCAGAGAGAGAUCCACUGGAGGAAAUAGCAGAGAACUCUCCCCAGACAGCAGCCAACUCAGCAGCCGAGCUUCUGAAGCAGGGAGCAGCCUGCAACGUUUGGUACUUAAACUCUGUGGAGAUGGAGUCUCUCACUGGUCACCAGGCAGUCCAGAAGGCCCUGAGUAUGACCUUGGUUCAAGAACCUCCUCCAGUGUCUACAGUGGUCCACUUCAAGGUGUCAGCCCAGGGCAUCACUCUGACUGACAACCAGAGAAAGCUCUUCUUCCGGAGGCAUUACCCUGUGAGCAGUGUGAUUUUCUGUGCUUUGGACCCACAAGACAGGAAGUGGAUCAAAGAUGGCCCUGCUUCUAAAGUCUUUGGAUUUGUGGCCCGGAAACAGGGCAGUGCUACAGACAAUGUAUGCCACCUGUUUGCAGAGCAUGACCCCGAGCAGCCUGCCAGUGCCAUUGUCAACUUUGUGUCAAAGGUCAUGAUCGGCUCCUCUAAGAAGAUCUAAGCCCCUCCUAGCCAAACCUGCCAGAUGCCUCAAAGGGCCCUCAACAUGGCAGUGGGGUGAGGUGGGGCCCCCAUUUGUACCAGACUGACAAUCCUCACAUUCCAGACUCAAGAGGGGGAGAAUAUGGCAACUCUUCAAACCAAGAACAAACAAUAUCACCACAGAUUGGCCUUAGAGAAGCUUCUCAUCCGAUACACCUGUACAUUUCAGUGCAUUUUGAGUGGAUGGAUCUUGGCCCGGGAAAUGCCUCACCAGGAUCCUAAGGACCAGGGCUGUACAGGGAGGGAGUAUAGAAGACAAGGCUGCCUUGAGUCCCUGGCUCGUUAGCAUCUGUGUGGAGGAGGAGCAUCUAUCCUGCUUGAUGGGCUAAGUAGCCAUGGCACCCACUCGCCAGCAGAAACACUCUGCCCAGUGGCUCCCUCAUCUUACCUUUCUACAGCAGACACAUGGAACUGAGGAGGGGACGCAUGGUUAGUGAAGGUUUGAGCAGGUUGGAACAUGGUGGGGGAUCUAAGUCGGGGGCAGCGGGAGGGAUAUGAAGUGAGGGCAGUGGAGGAAGCCUCUGGUGUCGGGGAGGAACAUGUGGUAUCCGAGAGCCCACUGCUGGUGGAAAGGCCUCUGUGAUUCUGCUCUCAGGUCGGCACCUGGACUGUGGAGAAGCCUAGAGGACCUUGAGAGGGAAAUGAGAAGAUGGAAUCAAAAAUGCCAUUUUAUAUAAUAUAUAUUUUACUUAUGCCAAAUUAUUUAUAACCGCUUGCCAUUGCCAUACCGUACCCAUAUCAAAUGCUGCAGCCGACUAAGCUACGAUUGCUAGGAGGCUUGUCCCCUUGUAGGCACACCAGAGACAGCUGGCCCCUCAACUGGAAGGGGAACAGUAGUCUCAGGGUGACGCCACACAGUCCUUCAUCUGUAGUACUGCCAAAUUUGCCUCAAGCACCUUACCCUCUACUUGGCACAGCAACCUGUCUCGCCCAGAUGUGGAUGGUUUCUCUCCUGAUGGGAAUGUCUAGGAGAAAUGGGAGACUAAGACACUGGCAUUAGUCUUAGCCUCUUCUGCAGGACUGGCUGGGCCAUCUAGAGGUCUGCGUCAUCCAAAGUGCAGGAGGACUUUCUAAGCUGUUACCACGAUUCUCCUGUGCCACCUGCAGCUUCCGAGGAGAACUCUCUGGGUGUUGGGAGGGAGAGAAGGGAUGAAGAGAAAGAUCAAGAAUUCUAGUUCUCACAGGCUACGUUUGAUUUGCUGAGUCAUCUGAGUUACUGAGUCAGGUGGUUCAUGCUAAGAUAGACACCCCACCGCUGCAGGUUUCCUGCCUGCAUCAGUGCCCAGAGAUUCCGAAGAAGGCAGUGAGCCCAUCACUUCCCAGAGUGGAUGGAGGUAGAGCAGGGCUCCAUGGAGACAAAGCCAGGGUCUCCUCCGUCAGAACAUUAUGCCCCAGGAAGGCUCUGACAUCCCUGUCCCAGCCUGAAAUUCCCACUUUCUGCCUUCUAAAAUCCAGACCUAGCUUCCACAUCUCACAGCUGAAGACAGGCUACAGUUGUUAAGCUGGGAUUUUGGUGGUGAAUUCUGUUUCAACAGGGGCAAAGAUGUAACUACGUGUAGAAUUGGGAUCAACUCUGUCAGGGUGAGUGUGUGUGUGUGUGUGUGUGUGUGUGUGUGUGUGUGUGUGUGUAUACACACAGGUGGACCAUUCCACUUUUCGCUCAUGUGUGUGUCUGUGUGUAUACAAGUGGACCAGUCCACUUUUCGCUCAUGUGUGUGUCUGUGUGUACACACAGGUGGACCAGUCCACUUUUCGCUCAUGUGUGUGUCUGUGUGUACACACAGGUGGACCAGUCCACUUUUUAGCUCCUAUUGAUGCACCAAAAGCAAGUGCCUCAUUUCUGUGCCAAAUGUUUGCCUUGGUCUUUAAGGACCUCCUUGGUGGACACUCUGAUGUGCCUGUUAGAGGGAAUGUGCCACCAUUCCCUAGAGGCCCCGUGUCUUCCACAGAGGCUUCUAGUGUUUCAGUUACUCAUAUGCAGCUAAACUCCACGUUGGGGCAGGGGUGGGGGCUGAAGUUUGUGUUCUGUCUAAGAAGUAAGAAGUAGGAGUACCACAUCGUAUGAUAAGUUUAUAUGCAGAUGUGGCCCGAAGACCACAGGCCCGGUCCUUUAUCCUCCCACUGGAGGGGGAGAGGGCCUAAUUAGAAAUCAGCUGGGCAGAGCUGAAGUCUAGCCCUCCAGUGACCUGAACGCCACAAAAGUUGGCAUGGAAUGCAUCCAAGAAGCCACAUGAAUGUGCUUUCAAAACUGACUGACCAGGUAUGAUCUUUACUCGAGAUAAAGUAGUCAAAGGUAUCAAGGGUUUUGCUCUGAGGAGACAUAGGAAGACAGGUCUACAACUGUCUGCAACAGCUGGUAGGACAAAAUUCUGUCUUCUGUGUGUGAUGUGUGAAUUGAACAGAACAAGAUGAGACCUGUAUCAUAGACUAUACUGUGUGCUCAGAAACACUGGGAAGGAGUAUUGCCCAGGCUUUUGCUACAAGGCCAUUGGUUGGGCACAAGUUAGUACGUUAUUCUAUGAGUAAAUUCAUGAUGUCCUACCACUUCCAAUAGAUAGCCAGGGUCCCAUUAACCUUCUCAUUAAUGCCUUAUAGUUUCCAGUGUUGGGCUGUACCUAUGUUAAAAGCCACAGUGCAUUUAUCCUCAGUGUCAAAGAUGUUGUAAUGUCAUUGUAUCUGUCUUAUCUAUUAGCUCAGUUUUCGCUAUUCUGUAUUAUAAAGAAUAUAUAUCCAAUAUGUAAAUGAGUGUUCUAUAAACCUUUUGUAUAGGCAUUUCCUCUGCUCUUUAAAUAUCAGCCUUAUUGAGAGUAUAAUAAAAAAUUAUGACCUUGGUAAGUCUAA